AUGGGUAAAAUUGAGGUGCUUGAGGGGGUCAACGAUGACAGCCGAAGCAAGGCGAUUUUGAUCGUCACUUCCGUCUUCUUCGCUAUUUCGCUAUUGAGCGUUAUGCUAAGAUGCUUCGUUCGCACACAAGUCGUCCGUGCUUGGGGGUGGGAUGAUGGUACUAUGGUCAUAGCUAUGGCCCUGAACACAGUCUUCGCCCUCUGCGGAAUAGUUGGUUCUAAAUAUGGCCUCGGGAGGAAAUUGGCUUAUUUUACCCAACACCCAGAUGACUUGAACCGCGCAUUGCUGUGCUGGUGGACAGGCCAACUCUUUUACGUAUUGACCUGCGUCGUCGCUAAGAUCUCGAUCAUUAUCGCCCUCCUCCGCAUCACUGUCUCCCGCGUCCACGCCUACAUCCUCUACGCCGUUAUAGCUCUCGCCACUGCCGUUGGCCUUGUCUUUUCCUUCUGCACCAUAUUCGAAUGCUCCCCCGUCGACUAUUUCUGGAACCGGGCGCAGCCUACCGCUCAUGGAUCGUGCAUCGAUAAAAAUUCCCUGAUCGGUAUUGCGUACUUGUAUAGUGUCGGCGCCGCUAUUACCGACCUGACUAUUGGAUUGCUUCCUGUGGCGCUGAUCUGGGACUUGCGAAUGAAUCGCCGCACUAAGGGUGCUAUAGUCGUGAUUUUGGGGAUCGGUUGCAUUGCGAGUGCUGCCGUUAUUAUUCGCAUCCCCUACAUCCCCACCUACAAGGAACCCGAUUUCCUAUACGCCACUUACCAACUCUCUAUCUGGUCAAACGUCGAAGCGGGCAUCGGCAUUACAGCAGGCUGUCUAACAACCUUCCGACCUUUGGUCCGCUUCCUCCGCGACGGCUCCUCUGAUGGGGUGAGCCGCACACGAAACACGUUUCCCUUGUCCAACAACCUCGCUGGCGCCUUCCACCGCUCCGGGCCGUCGCAGCAGAUGUCCCGUGAUGACGCGCGCCAGCUCUGGACUGGCAGAGGGAGCGACGAAUACCACGGCGUUACGACUACUAUUUCCACGGCUCGACAGAAAGAACUCAGUUCCAGCGAAGAGGACCUGGCUCCAUGUGCUAAUGACGAUCCCGAGGCUCCUGGGUGGAAGGUUGAGAGGUCUGUUCGCGUGUCCGUGCACAAUUCAUAA